AUUCAGGUUCUCUUUUGGUGAGCAGGGCAACCGAAAGCACCCUUGGAUUUUUCUUCACCCAGAAACAAAAUCAGACUCUCUUUCGUUUACUUAUGCCAGUUUUAGUCUGCGCGUCUCCUUAGAAUUUUGAGUUGUCAACCAAAAAAAUGGCCAAAGUUACACUCAGAACAGAUCAUUCGUGCUUCCUUUCGCACAAUCGAGUUUGCAAAACCUCUCUUCGACGCAGCCAGUUGCACCGUUUGUCUUCACAGCACGGCCUAAAGUUCAGAAUUUUGUCCAGCUCUCAACAAAAUGUCGAAGAAAGUGAUAGAAUUGCCGCCAAGGUUCUCACUGGACUUCGGGUCGACGAAGUGGAGCAGAAAGCUUCUGUUUUGGAUUCGGAGCGUCCUUCGGGAGCUCAAAAUGUGUCUGCCGUGACUUCUGAUGGCCAUUGGCCACCUUGGAAGAAUCUUCCCCAACGAUAUAAGCUCAUCGGUACGACGUCCCUGGCAUUCGUUAUCUGCAACAUGGAUAAGGUGAACUUGAGUGUCGCUAUAAUCCCAAUGUCUCAUCAAUUUGGGUGGAAUUCAUCAGUGGCCGGAUUGGUUCAAUCAUCAUUCUUCUGGGGUUAUGCAUUGAGUCAAUUGCCUGGGGGUUGGUUAGCCAAAAUAUUUGGUGGGAGAAAAGUUCUCAAGCUUGGGGUAUUAGCCUGGUCAAUUGCUACGGCUCUUGUUCCUAUUGUUGCUGGAUAUAUGCCUGGAUUAGUCCUUUCAAGAAUUUUGGUUGGGAUAGGAGAAGGCGUUUCGCCAUCAGCAGCCACUGAUCUAAUUGCUAGGACAAUACCAUUGGAGGAGCGCUCACGGGCUGUAGCAUUUGUAUUUGGUGGCUUGAGUGUAGGAAGUGUUAUGGGGCUUCUUUUGGCUCCUCCCCUUAUCCAACAUUUUGGCUGGGAAUCAGUAUUCUACAUAUUUGGACUUUUAGGGAUUUCUUGGUUUUGGGGGUUUCAAUUUCUUGAAGAAAGAGACACAGACUUAGUGGCUGAAUCUAAUUCAUUGGCCUGCAGUGUUACCCCACCACCUUCAUGGAAUGACUCUCUAGAAAAAUUUAGUGACUCUUGGAAGGAUGUACCAUGGAGCACUUUUUUUCGAAGUUCAGCUGUAUGGGCUAUGAUAUAUGUUCACUUCUGUGGUAGCUGGGGUCACUACACUUGUCUAUCAUGGCUUCCCACAUAUUUUAGUGAGGAGCUGAAUCUAAACCUUACCGAAGCUGCAUGGGUGUCUAUUCUUCCACCAUUAGCUUCAAUAUUUGUGACUAAUGCUGCAGCUCAGUUAGCUGACAAUUUGAUUUCUAGAGGAGUUGAAACUACAACGGUUCGAAAGAUCUGCCAAUCAAUUGCAUUUUUGUCUCCUGCAAUCUGCAUGACUCUGUCCUCACUGGAUCUAGGGUUACCACCUUGGGAGAUUGUGGGCAUUCUAACGGUUGGCCUAGCCCUCUCAAGCUUUGCCUUGUCAGGACUUUAUUGUACCCAUCAAGACAUGUCACCUGAAUAUGCGAGUAUUCUUCUGGGUAUCACUAACACUGUUGGGGCAAUACCUGGAAUUGUGGGUGUGGCCCUCACUGGUUAUCUUUUAGAUUCAACUCAUUCAUGGAGUAUAUCACUAUUUGCGCCAUCAAUCUUCUUCUACUUGACUGGCACGUUAAUAUGGUUGGUGUUUGCCAGCAGUAAGCCUCAGAAUUUUUCAGAGCAAGAAUGAUACUUCUUUCAUUCUUUCAUAGUUCUGAAUACAGCUUCAGAAAUAGAGCAAAUCUCAAUCUUCCCUGAGCUUUUGGCAAUGGAGAAGGCGUAUAUUGCUUUUUGUACAAAUGGGUCAUCUGAUUUUCGUCCAGUAGAAAUGGCGGAAAAGGGAAAUGGCAUUAAUAUAUAUAUAUAGGUGUAUUUUUUUUUCCCUUGGUGAAUGAUUUUUUUUUCCCCGGCUUUAAGCUUGUAGCAGCAUUUGAAUAGAUGAAUGAUGACGAUGAUUUGGCCACCAAAUCUUGUGUUAGGUGUUGCAAAUCUCUGGAAAGUCAAAGAUAUAUUGUGAUUUUCUUAUCAAUGUUAGGUGUUAUUCUUCAUCAA